AUCCAAACCGCGUACGCGUGCUAUCUGUCAAACAGCAGAGGUCGAUGACACUAUCGUAAUCUCGGAUUGCAGUUUACAAUUAUGAAUUAGGUGCAAUACACGAAAAAGAUGCAAAAAUACGCGUUAAUUCUCCUCGCCCUGUGUUGCGUGCCAACACUGGCAAAGUCCAGAAAGUACAAUCGCCUGCAGACUGACCCACUUUCAAAAACGAGAUGCGACUUACUCUGCUACGAUGCGAGCAAAGAAAACAAGCCACAGUGUCGCUCCCAAUGUCGCGCCGAGGAGCGUAAGCCAGGCACCUGCCCUAUGCCAGACAACCCGCGGUGGAUGGCAGCAUGCGUGGAGACCUGCAACCGCGACUCCCAGUGCGACGGCACCCAGCGCUGCUGUAAGCAGGGCUGCAGCUCCAUUUGCAGCGAGCCCGCUGAUCUGCUGAGCGUGCCAGGUCUCCCAGCAAUGCCCCACAUGGAGGAAUCCAAGGAGCGCCGCAAAGCAGUUCAGAUCAAGUGGUCGGACGGUGUUGGAGACGCGGCGAGGGCGGUGCCGGGGAAAGUGCUGUACCUUCUAGAGGAACAACACCACCUUGGGCCGAAGUACGAAGAAGCGAGGCUGGGUGAAUGGAACCUCGUGUUGAGGACGAAUAAGACCAAAGUCUCCCUCCGCAACCUGUUGAAGCCGGGUCGUUGGUACCGGUUCCGAGUGGCGGCGGUGAGCGCCGCUGGUACCCGAGGAUUCUCCGCCCCGAGCGCCCCCUUUACGCCGCGCAAAGGGCCGCGACCGCCCCCCGCACCUAAGAAGCUGAAGGUGGUGCCUGUUGGCUCGGAUAAUGGGACGGUGACAAUCAAACUGGAGUGGAAGGAGCCGAAGUCUGACCUGCCAGUGAUGAGGUACAAGGUAUUCUGGAGCAGGAGGGUGAGAGGACUAGGCGGGGAGCUGGACUCCGUCCUCGUCAAUCAUCAAACUGUACCCAAGGAGCAAACUUACGUGGAAAUAAAGGAUCUGCAGCCCAACUCCAUGUAUUUCCUGCAAGUGCAGUCCAUCAGCCAGUUCGGUACGGGCAAACUCAGGAGUGAGAAAGCGGCCAUCUUCUAUAACACAACUGGCGCAGACGAUUCGAUAGCUUAUUCAGAACAACUCCCAGAGCAAAUACAACGAAGAAAAGGUGAUGGAAAAAUAAGAGGAUUGAAGUUCGAGAAAAUAGUUUGGAUCGACAAUAAGUUGAAAGCGAAAAUAUCAUGGCACCCAGUCACAAGAGACUACGGUCAGAGAAAAAGAUACUACAUCCAUUGGAAAGCAAUAACAUGUGAACACCCAUUUAAGGAAAAUAAAGAAUUGUCUGCAAUAACCGAGCAAUCUACAUUCGACAUUUAUGAACUCGAUUACAACUGUCAAUACAAGAUAAAUGUUAAUAAAUCUUUAAAUCCCAAAACUCCGGACUCCGAGAUGAUCAUUCCAGUUCCUGGUUGUGACUACUUCAAGAGAAAAAUCAAUAGCACCGCAAUAAACUGUAAAACUUGAUAUACAUUAUGAAAGUAGGCUCUAAAUAAAUAUUUUGUAAUAACCAAAAUUACAUCAUUUGAUAUAGUAUAACGGUAGCGGUAUUAAUUUAAAUAUUAAGGUAUUUAAGAUCUGUGAAUCAUAAUAUUAUUAUU